CCUGACUUGUGUCUGCAGCCAGCGCGUGUGCGAGAUGACAGACAGCUUGGGAGCGCGCGGCCGUGAGCUGGCGAGCGACGGAGAUAGAGCGGUGGACAGGAUCCUUACUCGCGACGUCAGACACAACGAGGACUUCGAUGAAAAUGGGAUUGCUAUCAAUUGACAUUUGUUGAGUAAAGUAACUCCGAAAUAUUCAAGGCUUAUUGUGUAUUCCGGCGUUGUGUAUGUAGAACAUUCAGGUCCAAACACAUCUUUUACAGGGAAGCUUCUGUUUUCGCUAGGAUGUCUGGCAUUAUGGGCCGUUUUGAUUCUGUAUCUCGUACAUGGUUUGGAUUUCUGUAUUCUAUCUACUGUGUUUCUUUUCACCGUUAUUUUCCUGAUUUUAUUCUGGACAGUUUAUGUCUGGGUGUCUCUUAAAAAUGGUGAAUUUGGAGGGCUUGCAACGUGGAAAUGUUACAUUUCGGUACUUGCUGUUUGACAGGAAUUGGGAAGGCAACGGUGGAAUUACCUACUGUCGAGAAACACUCCUACACCGACAGUAUUUUGUUUUCUAUCUUUUAAGAUUGGCUACCAUCGUCUUUGCUAUGCUCUAUUGCGCAGGCGUGCUGGCCGGGCCACUGUCACCACGCUUCGCUACACUCCUGCGUGAUGUACAAGCGAGCAAAGUGAAGAAAACUGAUCGUUAAAAUGCAUUGGCAAAGUGGUCUGGCUUCCGUCAAAGGAUUUACUCGUGAUCCUUAAAAACAUACAUUGUGCCACAACGAAGAAUGUCAGCGACGCCCACUGCAGAACCAGAAGGAGUUGUCUCCAAAGUUAAAGUGAAAAAACAGAUAAAGACAAUCGUGAAAGAUUUGGAAACAAUCCUCGGAGAUUUGAAGGAUGUUGCGAAGGAACUGAAAGAGGUUGUGCACGAGAUUGACUCCCUGACCUCUGACCUCCAGCUGGAGGAGGAGAUGACGGACAGCUCCAAGACGGACACCCUCAACAGCAGCUCCAGCAGCACCACCACCACCACCACCGCCUCCAGCAUCGACAAGACCAAGCUCUACCCAGAGGACUCCACCUUCAGACCCCUGCUAGCCAUCUGCCCCCCCGCCCCCACCACGGUCCUCACUGUUCUGAGGAAGCCCCACCCUCCCCUGCCUCCCCCCAGACUCACCCCGCUGAAAGCGGACGACCACCAGGGCAGGAACGGCCCCGUGGCCUCGUGGAGCCUCCUUUCCAAAACCAACGGGACCCUGAUGAGGAACGGUGGCAUGAUCAGGGAGACUUCCUGCUUCCUGACCGGCAGCUGUCUAGACGAGCCCCUGGUGCCUCUACCCCUGCCCAUGCCCCUGCUGCGGCACGACAAGACCCCAUGCCCCCAGGCCACGCGCGAGCGCGUGCGCUUCAGCGAGACGGUCCAGUACCACGGCUACUGCCACGACUGCGACCUCCAGUACGACGUGGACGAUGCGGACACUCACCUGCCCGAGCCACCCAACGCCAGGCUGAGCCCCGUGCAUCGCUGCUCCUCCCCCGAGCCCCCCCUGCAGCUCACGUCAGAGAACGGCGGGCUGCAGCUCAGUCGGAGCUUCCCGCCCACCCUCGCCCCUCCCCCUCCCUCCGUGCCUCCUCGCCCGCCGUCCGUCAAACCUCAGAAAACCAUCCUGAGGAAGUCCACCACCACCACGGUUUGACGUCGAGCCCGCCACACUGACUUCAGACACCUUUUUGAAUUAUUCAUAGUCUUUUCUUUUUUCCGCAAGCACUUUCUACUCUCCCUGUUAAACUUUGGAUUAUCCAAUCAGUGAGAGGAAACAGAAAGAGGGAGGGAAAGACGUCGUCACGGGAACAGAGGCGAACGCGGAGGAGAACCAGAAGCAUUCUGGGAUGUGAUGGUCCCGCUGAGGGGGAGUGAAAACGAACGUUAACCGAGAAACCGAUCAACUCCGGUUUCACAAAGAAGCUGCCGAGACCAAGCCGUCUCCAUCCCUCUCCUCCCCCUGGGUCAAUCCCCCCUCCCUCUCUCCCUGCAUUUCACCCCUCUGUCAGAGAAGCCUCGAAGCCACGGACAAAUAAUUCAUGCUCACAGUCACACCCAGCCUGUGCAAACCGGGGCACUGUGCUGUUGUAGUAUUCACGGAGGAAUUCCGGCAGAAGCUCAAAUGUUAAUGUGAGCUAAGAUAAACACGACUCGCAUCUCCAUAAGAGGGGACAGAGAUGAAUUUGCAAUUUAGAUGGAGAUCUGUGUGUUUUACUGAUGUCCUCGGUGUUGUGAGAUGUGUCCCACGGGGAAGACCUGUGCCUGACUGUACACAAACUAUUCACACAAAGGAAACCAGAGAAGAGAGAGCCAGGAGAGAAAGGGGCGAGAAGAGGAGGAGAAGAGAGUUAGGGGAGGAGGAGAGAGAUACAAAGAGAGGCUGUUGUAGGUGAAUCCUUGCCUAAAUGUAACCCUUAUUAGGCCUAUAGGCUACGAUCACAUUGAUGAAACAAGGUUUAAUAGGCCUAGUGUUCCACUCGAGCGUGUAUGAUGUGGGAUGUAAAGAAAGCCUUUAAAGAAAAAUCAGUAACGUUUGCUGGUCUGUAAUGGGUAAUAUGUCAUGAGUGCGUGGAAUGGCCGUGUGCUGCUAGUUAAUCUGCUGGAGUAGCCAACCAACCGUCAUUUCAGAGCGUCGAGGAAUAACGAUGAAGAGGAGCGGUUCUGUUCAGCAUAUUGUGGAGAUAAAUAUACAAUAUGUACAAAUGUAAAAAGAAAACUAAAAUGUGAAAGGAAACAGUGGCCACUGGAUGCAUAUCUAUAUUUUGAAAAUAGGCCUAUCGAAAUGAUCUGUGCCAGAUAUGCCAAGCUAUUUUGUAGGGUCAUAGCUUUAACCAUUCUAAAAAUUGAAAUAAUUUGCAUCAAAUUUUGUGUGUGUAUAGGCUUACUGUAUAUCCGUGUAUAUAUACUGUAUAUUUCCGAAAUUUUUCUACAGAGAUUUUAACGUUUAAAGAGAUGAUAUUUUUGAUAAUCUGUUGGACUGAAAGAGGCGAUUUCAGAGAUGGCCGUCAUUGUCUUGUUAUCUGUGGUUCUCGGCAGGGCAUACAUGGAGAAUUUAUUUCUAUAGUGAGAGAACGUUAUUUAUUUAAAUAAGAAAAAGAAUACUAUAUCAUUGUUAUGUGUGAAAAAGACUAGUGAACAUGUUUAACACAGAACAAGCUAUAUAAAUUAAACCAAAUGCAUUGAUGUGCUUUGUCAGAGAAGGCAUGAAACUGAAUGACCGCAUGCCCGAUUGUUCCUCUUGUUUGUCAACACUGUGGUUUCCCAUGCACACGACUGGAGGAGCUGUCGGAGGAGGAUUGGAACGCACCCAUCACUCCUUUGAUCACUACCUUCAUGUGGACAGAUUGACACUACACCCCACCACGUCUCUCUCGACUGAAUGAUUCGAGGAACGGAUGAUCACCAAAAUAUAAGAUUUACAUUUAUAAAUAUCGUGCCCCACUCAACACUUAUGUUCCUUCUCUAUAUUUUGUGCUUUACUGGACCCCUUUAAUAUGUGAAUUACUGAAUUAUUUUCUCGUAUGUGUUGAUUGGUUCAUUUGAAUUACUGUUUGUAACUGAAAUCAGUGAUGACUGCAUUACCUGCAAUACCAUCUUAAUCUGUAACUCAGAGUAAA